GCUCCUGCACUUCCGGCGUGCGCGUUCGGCGCCCCGCGCGUGGAGCCCGGCGCGGUGUGCCCAUGGCGGCUGGGGGUAGCGAUCCGCGGGCGGGCGACGUCGAGGAGGAUGCCUCACAGCUUAUCUUUCCCAAAGAGUUUGAAACAGCGGAGACAUUACUAAAUUCAGAAGUUCAUAUGCUUCUGGAGCAUCGAAAGCAACAGAAUGAGAGUGCAGAGGAUGAACAGGAACUUUCUGAGGUCUUCAUGAAAACUUUAAAUUAUACAGCCCGUUUCAGCCGUUUCAAAAACAGAGAGACCAUUGCCAGUGUCCGUAGCUUGUUGCUCCAGAAGAAGCUUCAUAAGUUUGAGUUGGCCUGUUUGGCCAACCUUUGCCCAGAGACUGCUGAGGAGUCAAAGGCGCUGAUACCAAGCUUGGAGGGGCGGUUUGAAGAUGAGGAGCUACAGCAGAUUCUUGAUGAUAUCCAGACCAAGCGCAGCUUUCAAUAUUAGUCUCCAAAUAUCGCUCCACUGCUGAGGGAACUGUGUCCCAAGCCCAUCACCACUGACCAGGUGUCUGGAGCUGACUUACACGGAAAUACUAUUGCAGAAGACAGUUGGGCUUCCUUUGGCUAGAACAACUCAGCUUGGUCUCAGUUUAGGUUGCUGUUUUAGACUUAACUCCUAGACCAUGGUAACCUGGCCUUCCCUCUUGGAGGGGGAGGCAUGAGGGGUGAUGCGCACAUAAGCUACACUAGUGACUACCUUCUACCACAGUUUUGGCACCUGUGUUAUUUUUAAAUUGUUUUUGUUUUAAGAUUGUGUUUGGCUUUUUUUUGUUGUUUGUUUGUUUGUUUAUCUGUUUUGUUUUGUUUUGAGUAGUCUCUCCCCCCAGUGUGGGGCUUGAUCUCAUUACCCCCAAGGUCAAGAGUUGCAGGCUCCACUGACUGAACCAUUCAAGCACCCCCUUUUUUUUUAAGAUUUUAGUUUUUUAGCCCCUGUGUUAAUUUUAUUCCUAAGAUCUCAUGUUUUAAUUUCAGCGUAUUUGUAGUUUUUGAAACUACAGGAAACGACAGUCUUAUCUCAAUGCAAAAGGAAGAAUUAAGGGGCCCUUGGCUGAUUCAGUUGGUAGAGCAUGUGACUCUUGAUCUCAGGGUGGUGAGUUCAAGCCCCAUAUUGGGGAAAAAAAAAAAAGCCCCAUAUUGGGCUUGGUGCCUACUUUAAAGAAACAAGGAAGGAACCCCAAAUAUAAACGCAAAAGGAAGAAUUAAACCAGACGUCUACCAUCAUCUGAAAUUCUUACAGAAAGGAUGAUGGUGUUAAUGACUGAGACAGCAUUGGAAUCAUUGUGUUUAACCCAGAAGUCAAGGAAGAAGCUCACCAGGGAAAGUAGUUAUACCUGAAGAUAACUGCCAAACAUCGGGGGCUCGUAGCCUUGGGGUUGAUCAGUACCGGGCCUUUUUUCUUGACUGUUGAAGGAUGUAGAUUUCUCACUCCCAGGUUAAGAUUUUUUUUUUUCCUUCAUGGGCCAGACUUGAGGGUCUGAACAUUUUGAAGACUCCUUGUAUGGGGCAUCCAGUCCAAACUCUGUCAUGCAACUCAGCAGCAGGUGAUAUCUGAUGGGGUGAUUGGGAAGGAGGGAGCCUGCCCCUUCCUGAGCCACUACAGUGAAGUCACUCGAUGUAAAGCUAGUUGGGGGAAACUCUUUGAUAAAUACUCUAGGGAUCCCUGGGUGGCUCAGCAGUUUGGUGCCCGCCUUUGGCCUAGGGUGUGAUCCUGGAGACCCGGGAUCGGGUCCCACAUGGGGCUCCCUGUGUGGAGCCUGCUUCUCCCUCUGCUGUGUCUCUGCCUCUCUGUGUCUCAUGAAUAAAUAAAUAAAACCUUUAAAAAAAAAAUACUCUAGCUUUCUAUCAUAGCCAGUGGAGUUUAUCCAAGGCACGAUUGUUGCUGAUUGAAAGAAAAAAAAAAUAGCUGAACAUUCUAGCUUUGAUUAUGCUGAGAGGAACUAUGCCUAUUUUCUUCACAAUUUGUAGAUUUUUCUUUGGAGCACUUGUUGGCUCCCAAUGAAUACAUGAUGUAAAAAAAAAAAAGAAAGAAAGAAAGAAAGAAAGAAGGAAAGAAAGAAAGAAAGAAAGAAAGAAAGAAAGAAAGAUUGGAGGAACAAAAAGUUAGCUUUCUUUCCUUUUUUUUAAAAGUAGGUUUCACACCCAAUGUAGGUCUCAAACUUAAGACCCAGAGAUCAAGAAUCAUAUGCUUUACUGACUGAGCCUGCUAGAAGCACCAACAAAAUUAGCUUUAACAGUUAAGAUAGUUUGGGGCAACUGGCUGGCUCAGUCAGUAGAGCGUAUGACUUGAUCUUGGGGUGGUGAAUUCAAGACCCACACUGGGUGUGGAGCUUACUUGAAAGUAAAAAUAAAUAGGGCGGGCCGCCUGGGUGGCUCAUGACCUUCAGCUCAGGUCAUGAUUUCAGGGUCUUGCUCAUCGAGGAGUCUGCUUCUCCCUCUCCUGCCCCUUCACUUGUUUUCUCUGUUAAAUAAAUAAAAUCCUUAGGCGGGGAAAACCCUCUUCAGAAAGCAAAAUUAACUGGAAGAAACUUUUCUUGAAAAUUGACAUUCUGGUUUAAUGAAUAUUUAUUCAACUUAAGGCUUGAAGAAGCAUCACUGAAUGAAGUCUGAGUAGCACAAGCCAUUCUUAUCAAACAUUAAUGUUUUAAGCUUAUUUAUAAAACCACUGACACCUACAUAGACUUGCAUGUGAAUGAUCAUUGUAUUUUUUUUUUAUAUUUUUUUAUUUAUGAUCGUCACACAGAGAGCGAGAGAGGCAGAGACAUAGGCAGAGGGAGAAGCAGGCUCCAUGCAACGGGAGCCUGACGUGGGACUCAAUCCCGGGUCUCCAGGAUCGCGCCCUGGACCAAAGGCAGGCGCUAAACCGCUGCGCCACCCAGGGAUCCCUGAUCAUUGUAGUAUUAUAAUAGCCAAUAACGGAUCAGUCUGAAUGCCCACCAACUGGUGAAUUAAUAAACAAAAUACAUAUUCCAAAUAGCAGCAUACUAUUCAGCAAUAAAAGUAAAAUUGCUGAAGCCUGCAGGAUAUGCCAGUGGUAUGACAUUUUCAAUUUUUAUGAAAAAUUUAAACAGGGAAGCUCAAAAGACCAGUACAUUAAUCACCUAUCUGCUCAUCACCUACAUUUAACAGAUAUUUGCUUCACCUCUAAUUUUGCUAAGAUGCAGUUGAAAGCAGCUCGACACUUGAUUGAAAUACUUAAGCGUGCAUUUAAAAAAAUACUUUAUUUGUAAGUAGCAUUAUUGCACUUGGGAACAUUGACCAGAAUUGCCUCAUCUCUAAUACUCAGUUCAUAUUUAAAUUUUCCUGCGGUGAGUUAUGAGCCAAAGGUCAAUCCAGCAUUGGUGUAAUUUAGAAUGAAAGCAGUUAUCAUCAA